ACCGCCAUUUUGAGUUUUACCUCAACUGAACAUCACAAACCACGGGAGCGGGUGAGAGGCUCUGGCCGUGACCGGGCAAAAUAUUUUCCUUAGACUAUAGAGUUGAAAUGCGACUGUUUCAUGAAUUGAACUCAUCGAUUAGUGAAUACUUCUACAUGACAUAAUAUUGAUAGAAGACGUGUGCAUGCCCGCUUGAAGUUUUAUAUUAGUGCGAUUUCAAUUUAGAAUCUGGUUUGAAUGGAUAGCUUUUUUCUCUGCUCCCCCCCAGAAGAGGGACAAUCGGAGGAGCAGACGGACUGGACAUAUUGCAGGAAAAAUUCUAUUUGAGAUUGUUGUAUGAGAUUAUAGGUUGCAUUUUUAUAUCCUUUUGUGAUUCUGGCUAGCUUAGCUACCUAGCACCAGCUAGCUAUAAACAGGGUAUUUGUUUUCUCCGGCUGCAGCUUGUGUGAGUUCAAUUUCACUCAUUUCGUGUUCUGUCCCACAUUAUCGGGGCAAGUAGGACUACAUUUGGAGGGCCUCCUUGUACAGGAGCCCAUACCAUCCAUCCCAGUUAGCGUUAGUAUCCCUAUCAAGGCGCCGAGAUUGGGCGAAUAGCGAGCAAAUACGUCCGCGUUUCUCUGCCUGCUCCCCCACCGACCUCCCUCCCUCAGUCCCCGGCGCAGACUGCAGAAAAGGCCGAGGUCGUUGUAGAACAGGCCCAGCCGCCAAGGCUCGACCUGUCUACCCCUCCUCCGCAUCCUCAAACACCCCAUCAACUUCCCCGGACCCUCGUCUCCACGGAACCGACAUCAGACAAGGUCGAGGGGAAUAAAGAUAACCAACAUCACACCACAACAGUUGCCAACAUGAACCAUCACCAUCACACUCAGCAACAGCAGCAGAAAGCCGGCGAGCAACAGCUUAGCGAACCCGAGGAUAUGGAGAUGGAAGCUGGGGACACAGAUGAUCCCCCUAGAAUCCCCCAGAACCCAGUCAUCAACGGGAACCUGGCCAUGGCAGACGGUCACAACAACACAGAGGAAGACAUGGAGGAUGACACCAGCUGGCGGUCAGAGGCCACGUUCCGCUUCGUGGUGGAGCGCUUCAGCCGGCUGAGCGAGUCUGUGCUCAGCCCGUCCUGUUUCGUGCGCAACCUGCCGUGGAAGAUCAUGGUGAUGCCGCGCUUCUACCCGGACAGGCCCCACCAGAAAAGCGUUGGCUUCUUCCUGCAGUGCAACGCUGAGUCCGACUCCACGUCAUGGUCAUGUCAUGCCCAGGCCAUGCUGAAGAUCAUCAACUAUAAAGACGAUGAGAAGUCCUUCAGCCGCCGCAUCAGCCAUCUCUUCUUCCACAAGGAGAACGAUUGGGGCUUCUCAAACUUCAUGUCCUGGAGCGAUGUGACUGAUCCUGAGCGGGGCUUUGUGGAGGAUGACAAAGUCACCUUUGAAGUGUUCGUGCAGGCAGAUGCUCCGCAUGGCGUGGCGUGGGACUCCAAGAAGCAUACUGGCUACGUCGGCUUGAAGAACCAGGGAGCCACGUGCUACAUGAACAGCCUGCUGCAGACUCUCUUCUUCACCAACCAGCUCCGGAGGGCUGUGUACAUGAUGCCGACCGAGGGAGACGACUCCUCCAAGAGCGUGCCCCUCGCCCUCCAGAGGGUCUUUUAUGAACUGCAACACAGUGACAAGCCAGUGGGGACAAAGAAGCUGACAAAGUCCUUUGGAUGGGAGACGCUUGACAGCUUCAUGCAGCACGAUGUACAAGAGUUGUGCAGAGUGCUGCUGGACAACGUGGAGAACAAAAUGAAAGGCACUUGUGUGGAGGGCACCAUCCCCAAGCUCUUCAGGGGCAAGAUGGUGUCCUAUAUCCAGUGUAAGCAUGUCGACUACCGGUCUGAGCGAAUAGAGGACUACUACGACAUUCAGCUCAGCAUAAAAGGAAAAAAGAACAUUUUUGAGUCGUUCAAAGACUACGUGGCUGUUGAGCAGCUGGAUGGAGAUAACAAGUAUGACGCUGGAGAACACGGACUCCAGGAGGCAGAGAAAGGAGUCAAGUUCCUGACCUUUCCGCCGAUUCUGCACUUGCAACUGAUGAGGUUCAUGUAUGAUCCCCAGACCGACCAAAACAUCAAGAUUAACGACAGGUUUGAGUUCCCGGAGCAGUUGCCACUGGAUGACUUCCUGCAGAAGCCGGACACCAAGGACCCGGCCAACUACAUCCUGCACGCAGUGCUAGUCCACAGUGGUGACAACCAUGGCGGACACUACGUCGUUUACCUCAACCCCAAAGGAGACGGCAAGUGGUGAAAGUUUGACGAUGACGUGGUGUCCCGGUGCACUAAGGAGGAGGCCAUCGAGCACAACUACGGGGGCCACGACGACGACCUGUCCGUGCGCCACUGCACCAACGCCUACAUGUUGGUUUACAUCCGUGAGUCCAAGCUCAGCGAGGUGCUGCAGCCGGUGACGGACGUGGACAUCCCUCAGCAGCUGGUGGAGCGGCUGCAGGAGGAGAAGAGGGUGGAGGCCCAGAAGAGGAAGGAGAGGCAGGAGGCCCACCUCUACAUGCAAGUACAGAUGGUGACAGAGGACCAGUUUUGCGGCCACCAGGGCAACGACAUGUACGACGAGGAGAAAGUCAAGUACACAGUGUUCAAGGUGCUCAAGAGCUCCACGCUGGCAGAGUUCGUCCAGAACCUGUCCCAAACCAUGGGCUUCCCACAGGACCAGAUGAGGCUGUGGCCAAUGCAGGCCCGGAGCAACGGCACCAAGAGGCCCGCCAUGCUCGACUACGAGGCCGACUGCAACAAGUCUAUGAUUGACUUGAGUGACAACGAGAACCCGUGGACAAUAUUUCUGGAGACGGUAGACCCAGAGAUGGCGGCCAGCGGAGCAACGUUACCCAAGUUCGACAAAGACCAUGAUGUCAUGUUGUUCUUGAAGAUGUAUGAUCCAAAAACCAGAAGCUUAAAUUAUUGUGGACAUAUCUACACACCUAUAUCCUGUAAAAUACGAGACCUGCUGCCUGUCAUGUGUGAAAGAGCAGGGUUCCAGCAGGGAACUAGUCUUAUCCUCUAUGAGGAAGUUAAACCGAAUUUAACAGAGAGAAUACAAGACUAUGAUGUCUCCUUGGACAAGGCUCUGGAUGAGUUAAUGGAUGGAGACAUCAUUGUGUUCCAGAAGGAUGACCCAGAGAAUGACACCAGUGAGCUGCCCACUGCGAAGGACUACUUCCGAGACCUGUACCAUCGCGUGGACGUCAUCUUCUGCGACAAAACCAUCCACAACGACCCCGGCUUUGUCGUCACACUGUCAAACAGAAUGAACUACUUCCAGGUGGCCAAGACUGUAGCACAGAGGUUAAACACUGACCCUAUGCUCCUGCAGUUCUUCAAGUCCCAGGGGUACAGAGAUGGCCCAGGAAACCCGCUCAGGCACAACUAUGAAGGCACUCUCCGAGACCUGCUGCAGUUCUUCAAGCCACGCCAGCCUAAGAAACUCUACUACCAGCAGCUCAAGAUGAAGAUCACAGACUUCGAGAACAGGCGGAGUUUCAAAUCCAUAUGGCUCAACAGCCAAUUUCGUGAAGAGGAGAUAACACUAUACCCUGACAAGCACGGCUGCGUCCGGGACCUGUUGGAGGAAUGUAAAAAGGCCGUGGAGCUCUCUGACAAGGGCUCGGAGAAGCUCAGGCUGUUAGAAAUUGUUAGCUACAAAAUUAUCGGCGUUCACCAAGAGGACGAGCUUCUAGAAUGUUUAUCUCCCGCAGCCAGUCGGACGUUCAGAAUAGAGGAGAUUCCUCUGGACCAGGUGGACCUAGACAAGGAGAGCGAGAUGCUGAUUCCAGUUGCACAUUUCCACAAAGAAGUCUUUGGCACCUUCGGCAUUCCCUUCCUGCUCAAGAUCCGACAGGGUGAGUCCUUCAGAGAAGUCAUGAGGAGGAUUCAGACCAUGCUGGACAUCCAGGAGAAGGAGUUUGAGAAGUUCAAGUUUGCCAUCGUCAUGAUGGGCCGGCAUCAGUACAUCAACGAGGACGACUAUGAGGUCAACCUGAAGGACUUCGAGCCACAGCCAGGAAACAUGUCACACCCAAGGCCUUGGUUAGGAUUAGACCAUUUCAACAAAGCUCCAAAGAGAGGCCGCUACACGUACCUGGAAAAAGCGAUCAAGAUCCACAACUGAACUGAGCAAGACUCAACACCCGCUAGCGCCACAGCUCCACCCAUACUAAAGACUUUAACCAAACCUCUCGUGUGCACCACCUUUUAACACCUGCUCAAUGGGUACACAUGCACCAUGUAUGAAGUCUUCAGAAAAUUGAUUUUUUUUUCUGCUGAUGAGUUUUUUUUGUUUUUGUUUUCACUCCCCUCCUCCCUCAGCCACUCUUCCCCAUCUCCCCCCCUCCUGAGGCUGUUCAAUUUAGCUUCUCUAACUCUUGACUCCCCAUUCUGUCGGGACACAUGAAUUGGAUUUUAACAAAAUGGGAGGACAGUUUGAACUUGUAGAUUUUUUUCUUUUUGUUUUUGUUUUUUUUCUCUCCUCCUUUUUUUUAAGAAUUGUUACGGCAAAGGCUGCUGCAUAGUGUUGGGGGUUGGGACGACGGAGAGAUGUUUGCCAUUUGCAGACGCAAGGACACUGGUUCUUCUCAACCAGGUCAGUGCGCGAAUGGCUGAAGCUUGCUAGUUGCCCUGAAGUGGUUGUCAUUUUUUUCCUGGUCCCUUAGUGCAACUAGUCAAUUUUCAUGUUUACACAAUUCUUUCUCACUUAGUUUGGUUGGAGGAAUUCAGUUUAGUCUUUUUUUUUCCUGCAAAUCUUGUAUAAUAUGAAACAAACAAAAUAACAAUAAAGAAUCCACAGCAUCUGUUUUAAAUAAAUGAAAAAAAAAAAAAGAACGAAAUUGUCUGUACUUCAUCUUGCACGUUGGCACUUGUUAUCCGAGGGUUUACAUUUUGCAGCACUGUUAAAAUGGAAACUUUGGUAGUAGUAUGAUUUGCAUUUCCCACUCUGGGUUGCUUCCCCCUUGGUCUUAAGCUAUUUUUCUAUCUUUAUUUUUAUUUUUUAUUUUUUUUCCAUCCUUUUUUUUCUCCACCUCCCUAACCUCUCCUGCCUUCCAUUCUCCCUCCCUCUACCUAUCCAGUCCAGACCCCACCUCCUUCUGUGUGUCUCUUCUUUUCCUCCAACCUUCCACUAGGGUUUUGCUGUAUUACUGGGUCAGGGCCUGAUGGUGGUGGGGUGGUAGGGGGAGAGGAAGGGAGGGAGGGAGGUAGGGGGCAAGCGCUCCACAUUCACUGUAAUUUAACUGGGUGGGCAGGGACCGCUGCAAGCAUAUAGGACUGGGUGAAGGCAUAGAAAAUAAAACCAGCACCAAUAACCAAUACAAAACACCCUUUUCUUUUUUUUUUUUAAAGUGCAGAAGGAAUGCUCCAUAGUGCAUAGUUGGCUCUGUAAAGACAACAAUGGAAUUGUAUAUUUAAAGAAUGAAAUCCUGUAAAAUUAAAAAAAAAAAUGUUGGGUACAGAUUGAUUCAGAUGUUCAUAUUCAUUGUGUGUAGUUUUAUUUUGGAUCCUGACUUUUUCCGUUUUAUUUUUCUUUUCUUUUUUUCUUUAACCGAUUGCAACAGUUUUGUCUUGUUUAAGUGCAGUACAAAGAUGACCUGCAGAUCACAUCUUGGAGUUUUUCCAGUUUAAUUCCUCCAUGUAGCAGCAGUGUACGACAACUAUUCCUGUAUAUUGCCUUUUUGCUGGAAAAUGUAUGUUGAAUAAAAUUUUCUAUAAAAAUGAGUGCAUUAAUUGG